GGGACCGCGAUUGGUCCGCCGGGUCGCUGGGCCCACUUCCUCCCGGUUGAAGCCACUACGGCGGCUCCAAGGAGGGGGAGGGGGAAGAAGGGACGGCCGGUCCCGUCAGUCAGGCAGCGGGAGCCGCCGGGAGCGGAUGGCGGCGGCGGUAGCGGCCCCAUUCGCCGCCGGGGGUGAAGAGUCGGUGGCCACAACCUCCGUUCCAGGGUCUCCGGGUCUGCCUGGGAGCCGCAGUGCAGAGCGGGCCCUCGAGGAGGCCGUGGCCACCGGGACCCUGAACCUGUCUAACCGGCGCUUGAAGCACUUCCCCCGGGGCGCGGCCCGCAGCUACGACCUGUCAGACAUCACCCAAGCUGACCUGUCCCGGAACCGGUUCCCCGAGGUGCCGGAGGCAGCCUGCCAGCUAGUGUCCCUGGAGGGCCUGAGUCUCUACCACAAUUGCCUGAGAUGCCUGAAUCCAGCUUUGGGAAAUCUCACAGCCCUCACCUACCUCAACCUCAGCCGAAACCAGCUGUCGUCGCUGCCACCCUACAUCUGCCAGCUGCCCCUGCGCGUGCUCAUUAUCAGCAACAAUAAGUUGGGGGCCCUGCCUCCCGACAUCAGCACCUUGGGAAGCCUGCGACAGCUUGACGUGAGCAGCAAUGAGUUGCAGUCCCUCCCCACAGAGCUGUGCAGCCUCCCUUCCCUGCGGGAUCUCAAUGUGCGGAGGAAUCAGCUCAGCGCCCUGCCUGAUGAGCUGGGGGACCUUCCUCUUGUGCGCCUGGAUUUCUCCUGUAACCGCAUCUGCCGCAUCCCAGUCUCCUUCUGCCGCCUCAGGCACCUGCAGGUCAUCCUGUUGGACAGCAACCCCCUGCAGAGUCCGCCUGCCCAGAUCUGCCUGAAGGGGAAACUUCACAUCUUCAAGUACUUGUCAACAGAGGCUGGGCGGCGUGGGGGUGCUGCACUGGGGGACUUGGCCCCUUCCCGCCCCCCGAGUUUCAGUCCCUGCCCAGCUGAGGACUUAUUUCCUGGACGUCGGUACGAUGGUGGGCUGGACUCAGGCUUCCACAGUGUUGACAGUGGCAGCAAGAGGUGGUCUGGAAACGAGUCAACAGAUGACUUUUCGGAGUUGUCAUUCCGGAUCUCCGAGUUGGCCCGGGAGCCUCGGGGACCCCGAGAGCGGAAGGAGGAUGGUUCUGCUGACGGAGACCCCGAGCAGAUUGACUUCAUUGACAGCCAUGUGCCUGGGGAGGACGAAGAGCGAGGUGCUGCCGAGGAGCAGCGGCCACCAGAAUUAAGCCCUGUGGCAGGGGACGGGGAGAGGGCAUCAAGCAGCAGGCGGGAAGAACUGACUGGGGAGGAGCGGCGGCGCCCGGACACCUUGCAGCUGUGGCAGGAGCGUGAACGGCGGCAGCAGCAGCAGCAGAGUGGAAUGUGGGGAGCCCCCAGAAAGGACAGUUUUCUGAAGCUGGGGGUCAGGGCUGCUGGUGGAGGUGCUGCUGCCUCGUCCGCUCAGGUCACCUACAACGGCACGCCCAAGUCCAGUGCCACCCAACUGGGAGCUUCAGGGGCGCAGGGGCCCCCCGCCCCUGCCCCAGCCCCCACCUCCCAGGAGCCCCUUCCUAUAUCUGGACCAGCAACAGCGCCUGCUCCCCGGUUACUCGGCUCCAUCCAGAGACCAAACAGCUUCCUCUUCCGUUCUUCUCAGAGUGGCUCAGGCCCUUCCUCACCAGACUCCGUCUUGAGACCUCGACGAUCCCCCCAGCUUCCGGAUGAGAAGGAGCUGAUGGCUCAGCUGCGCCAGGUCCUUGAGUCACGGCUGCAGCGGCCUCUGCCGGAGGACCUGGCAGAGGCUCUGGCCAAUGGCGUCAUCCUCUGUCAGCUGGCCAACCAGCUGAGGCCCCGCUCUGUGCCCUUCAUUCAUGUGCCCUCACCUGCUGUGCCAAAACUCAGUACCCUCAAGUCUCGGAAGAAUGUGGAGAGUUUCUUAGAAGCCUGCCGAAAAAUGGGGGUGCCUGAGGCUGACCUGUGCUCGCCCUCGGAUCUCCUCCAGGGCACUGCCCAGGGGCUGUGGACCACCCUGGAGGCCGUGAAGCGGGUUGGAGGCAGGCCUCCCCCACCCUUCUGGCCCCCCUCUGGCCUGGGCGGCUUCAUCCUCUUCUACAUGGUCUUCAUGCUGCUGCUCUAUGUCGUCUACACUCGGCUCCUGGGUUCUUAGAACCUGAAGUCACCCCUCCCACACCACCUUGCCCUGUUUCUAUUUAUAAGACUCCUGUGCAACCCCCAUCCCCACCAGUGGUGCCUUCAGUCCCUACCAAAGACACUAGUGAAUGCCCCUCCCCUCACAAACACUGACCUCAGAGGCCCCACUCUGGUGCCCCCUGACCCUGGGCUCCCAGCCUCUGGCUGCCCUCCUGUAGCCCCUCCCCCUCCAGUGCUGAUGGUGCCUUGAUGCUCUCUCCCACCCAGCCCUGCCCUCUGCUCCCCGAGAUGGGGUAGACCUUAACCUUCCUACUUUUAUUCUCUCCACCCCCACCUCCCACCCCUGCUAUAGGGGGCUAAAUUAUCUAUAUUUUGUAGAGAGAACUCUAUAUUUGUAGGGGAUGCAGGGCCCAGGCUGGGUCCCCGUCUCUUGUAUAAAGUGUACAGACCGUGGCUGCCUGUGUGUGUGUGUGUUUGCGUCUGCUCCUGCUGUGGCCAGGCCCAGUCCUUGCAGUGCCCAUUGGGUUCUAUGUGCCAGCCUGCCUACUCCAGCAUUUCCCUCUGGAAAUGACAGGUCUCUCCUUCCCCCUGAGCCGUGGGCCCCUGUGUCAUCUCCCUUCUGUUAUCUGCUGGCAGCUUCCUUGCAUCACAUUUGUCCCCAAGCUGUGUCCCAGUGCCCCUGACCUUCGCCUUCUACAUUUUGAAGGGCCAUCCUGUCAGCCCCCUUUGACCAGGCUCCUUUAGGGUGUCUCCCCCCUGCCCUCUGUGAAGGGCAGGGAAUCCCAGAGGAGAAGGUGUAAAGGGGGACUUAACCUGGGCCCCUCCCCCCCAGGAGUCCCUGUGCCAGCCCCAUCACAUCCUGGAAGAGGAGGGGGCCCCGGGAAGGGGCCUCCCCUACAUCGCUGCUGUCGUCCACGCACUGCU